UUAGCAGUCAUUGUGUUGUUUUCCUUGUUGGCUCUAAAUCUAUUUCACCACCAGAAGAACAGCACCGUGCCCGUCGAAAUGAGAAAAGCUACUGAAGCAAGCGCUGGCGAUGAAAAAGCUGACAUAGUGCUGAAAUUUCAACAACUGGCCAAGGAUAAAGUCAAGCAGGAUAACCCCCAUGAUUUUAUAUGCUCUACAAUGGAUGGCAACUGCAUUGCUCUGGUUGGCUCCAAAGUGGAGCUGCUAACUCUGGAGUUGACCAAUAAAUCGACUCAUCAUUUGCCAUUUCCCUAUAUUCAGGCCAACUUGAAGAGUAUGACCAAGAACCGUCCAUUGGAUAAACUGGCUAAACAAGCGAAUCUUCAGGAAAUCUACGACAACUGCAAUGCUCUGGAGAUGCAACAAUUAGUUCUGCAGCCGGUUUACAUAGCCAUCAAUACACCGGAGGUGCCCGAUCCCAACCUCUUGGCCGCCAGCUGGUCACCACAUCUACUGCCCGGAGGACAGAUGCUGCUGGCUCUUUUGAAUAGCUACGGAGCAUUGGAAUUGGUCACCAAAAGUCCAGGUGGUUCAUUCUGGCGGCACUAUGAGAAAGGACUGGAUAUAGCCACCACUCUUGGGGAGCAACUGCAGCCCCCUUACGAAGUUUCAGCUGCAGAGAUUGAUACAUUUAGACAUUAUCAAUCAUUUGUAGAUCGCAGCUGGAUAACAUCCUUUGCUUGGCGUCCACUUAAGACUGACAGUGGCAAUUACGUGAUUGUCCUGGGCACUGCAGCCGGCAGCCUUUGGAUAUUGACACUGUGCCCGGAAGCACGAACUGUGCUGUCACAUUGCGAGUUGCAUACGUUGUUGGGUCGCAUCUGCUUUAUGCAUCCCUUUGAGGAUCUGCUGCUGGUGGGGGAUAACAAUGGACUUGUUCAUUUGUACAGGUUUAACGAAGCGGAGGAUGAAGGACUCUCACUGGUGAAACCGCUUUGGCUGCGACCAGAUCACAUGGGUCUGCAGCAGGCAGUGAUUUCACACUGUCCUGAACGUGAUUGCUACUACAUUGUUUGCUGCAAGGCGGCGCAUCUCUUAAUCUGGUGCAUGCCACGUAAAGAAACUGGCAACUGGCUGGAGACGCGUUUUCUUGUGGGCGGCAUGAAGAUCACAGCACUUUGCGAUUUGGGAAACUGCAGCUAUGGAGUGGGCACGGCAAGAGGUCAACUUUAUCGCAUUGAGCUAAUCCAUAAGAGUGCUCAACUGAGUUUCAGCAAGCGACUGAUUGAAAUGGAGAACACUGAUAACUAUCAGCCUGCAGGUGUAUUCUGCAGUCAGCAUAAGAAUAUAUUGACUGUAAUAUACACUCGGAACAAUGAAUAUCUGCUUAACUCAACGUAUCAACGUGUACAUCUUCCGAUCUGCCUGGGCAAGCUGGAAAUGGGGGAUUCCCUAGGUCAACUCGUUGAAGGCCUGUCGCCCAACGAAGCCAUUCAUUGCUAUAUGGACAUCUUGGUCGAAGUGCGCAUGGAGAUUUUUAACCAUUUCGAGUUGGAAAAAUAUGUGAAUUACUUGCCCUUGGACAUGUUUGCCUUUGAUGAAUUGGCGUCACAAUCGCUUCUGCAUCAGUUGCAGGUCAAGUACCACAUUAUCGAUGCCCUAAUCCAGGUGCAGCAGUAUCAAAGUCCAGAGCGAUUCGAGACUGAAAGGCAGCUACUAUUGGCUAUGUUGGCCACAACACACAUACGUCUACGCUUACAGCAUUUAGCCAACUUGGAUGAACUGACGACAUUUCAACGCAAGGCGGCGCAAUGUCAGCUAGAAGAAAAUGCUCGUAUUAAACAAAGAAUGGACCAACAACUGCAGAAGGAGAAGCCACUGAAUGUGACCAUUAAACGUUUUCUAAAUCAAAUGGAGAUUCAUUUUGAGGCGCUUCAAACGAAAUUUGGCGUAUUCAAGUCGCCGGAAGUUGAUGCCAAGCAGCAGGCAAAGCGAUGCUGCAUUUCCUACGUAGAGCUGGUGCCUGAUCUGUCGCAACAUUAUUGCACACUCUGCGAUCGUCAAGUGCUGAUAGAUCAGCAGUUGCUAUUGGAGCUGUACGAACCAGGAAGUCGACUGUUGUGUCCCUUCUGUCAUGGAGCCUACAAAUUGGAAAUUAUCGAUACAUAAACAUGAACAGUGCUAUCCAAA